AUGUCUACCAUGGGAAUCCGAAUCCCAGCCAGAAGACCAACAUGGGACGACGAUGAUUCCUUUGAAUCCCUCCUCCAGAGGCACCAGCGCUGCGAUGCCAGGAGGUGCCUUUACCCUGGAGGCAGACAGCAGGCAGACAGAAGGGGGCCCUGGCAGCUGAUCCUGUGCAGCUCCUGCGCUGCUGAGGGCACUCACCGACAGUGCUCCCGCUUGAGCAACACAACAGCCAUGUGGGAGUGCGACAGCUGUGCUGGCCUGGGUACCGCCGCCAGCACCAUCCCGGAGCGUGCUGGGCCCAGCACUGCCAGCCAGGAGGGCCUGCAACCAUCCCACGGCCCCCAGGAACCAGAGGACAGCAGGUCCGGUCCCACCAGCCAGGCAGCAUCGGGGCCAUCACACAGCUCCCAGCCGCCAGAGCUCAGCAGUCAGACCAGUGAGCUGGGGACCGAACAGGGGACGAUCCACCCACAUUCUCCUGACCAUCAGGAUGCAUCUGAGCUGCACCGAGCACACCGUGGCAGCAGACGCACGGCAGCCCCAAGAGCUGAAAGCAGCUCACGGCCAGCCACCAGACGGGGCUCAUCGCGAUCCUCCAGAGCAGCCACAGUGGCUGCACGCAGAAGGCGUUCCAGGCAGCGGGGAACAAGCCGGACACGAAGCCGCUCCCCGCUGCAAGGUCGGGCCGCAGGUUCCCAGAGCCGGACCAGAAGGCCUCAGGGCAGCAGGCGAACACCACCUCCAGCUGCUCAGGACAGUGCCCAGAACACCACCAGGCCGGUGACACGGAGGUCCUUGAGUGCUCCCCUGUAUUCACACCCUGGGGAACGGCCUGGGCAGCCAGGGGAGGCCCGCAUGUGA